AUGGAUUACUUAAGCGGGUGGUGCAAGAGUGCCAGGAGGCUCGAAGGGAUGACGGCUAUCGUGACAGGCAGCAACACAGGCAUCGGCAAAGAAACGGCUCUAGAUUUAUAUUUGAGAGGCUGUCGCGUUAUUAUGGCAUGUCGCGAUACAAAUAAAGCAAAUGUGGCCAAAACCGAAAUUGAAUCAUUACAUAAUAGUACAGAAGGAAAAGGAAGUCUGCGUGUUCGAAAACUGGACCUCUCCAGCCUGAGCUCUGUGCGAGAGUUCGCAUCGAUGAUGUUAGCCGAGGAGGCAAAGAUCGAGAUCCUAGUGAAUAAUGCUGGAGUUAUGAUGGCACCGCGGGGUAUCACGGGUGACGGCUUCGAAACGCACAUGGUGACGAACCACUUUGGCCACGCUCUCCUGACGCUCCUGUUGCUGCCAAUGCUUGCUAAUUGUAGCCAUGCCAGAGUUGUCUUCGUGUCCUCAAUGGUACAUGAGCGUGCAGAGCUCGAUUUUGGUGAUAUUAAUUUUGAGACUACAAAAUAUGAUCCUCUAAUGGCCUAUUGUCGCAGUAAGGUUGCAAAUAUAUUGUUUGCACGAGCCCUUUCUCAAAAACUGCGGGAUCACAACAUAGCCAAUGUGAGCACCUACAGCCUGCACCCCGGCGUCAUCAGCACGGAGAUCGGUCGGCACUUCAGCGACACGUUCAUCCGCGGCACGACGUGGCUGUUCAACAACGUGUUGUCCUGGUUCUGCAAGUCGUCGCGCUGCGGCGCGCAGACCACCCUCUACUGCGCCGUGGAUGAACAUUGCGCUCAUCAAUCUGGACUUUAUUACAGCGACUGUGCGGUAACAGCCUCGUCAGAAUAUAGCCAAAACUACGAUAACGCUGAAGAACUUUGGAAGGUGACCUUGGCAGGUCUACAGUUACGAGAAGAUACCUUGUUCGGCGAUGACGCUCAUCAGUUACCUAUACAAACAGAGAAUGCUGGUAAAAUGAUCUUCAAAUAA